CCGGGACAAAGGGCUGUCUGGGACAGAGCGACAACAGCAUCGAUAGGCCCUGUGGAAAUAGCUGCUCCCUCUCUCACUACAAAUUAUGUAAUAUCUGAAGACAACUGAACAUGCAAAUCAUCAAUAGAAGAAACACUGGGGAGCCUCAAACAGCAGUUGUGUUGGGUAUUCAUAUCACGGCUAUGAGCCAAUAAGAUUGAAGAGGGUUUAUCUGUUGAGGGUAAAUCUCUCCUCAGUUUACACCUCACAGUGGCAGACUAAGCCUUGAGAAGGGACAGACAGGGCUUAGCCAGGAGAUCGAAGGACGGGAGAGCCGAGAUUGAGGCAGAGCUCGUCACAACAGUUGCGGCAGACAACGUGACGGACUACAAAUUCUCUGUAAGCUGGCAUGAGGGCUCUGUGACAAGCAAUCUACAUUCAUGACUGGGACGGUGUCAACAAAGUACACCCUCAUUCACACAACCACUUCUACAGGACAUUUUUUAACACAGGAGCAUGAUUUUGUCCCCACUGAAUGUGUUGGCUUUGUGUCGUCGGCCUGUGUGGCUGAAUGAUAUGGAGACACUACUACCACAUCACCGCAGUAGGACGACAAGCAAGGUGGUUUACGUGACAUCUUACACUUCAUGAUGACAAGUACAUCAUCGGCCCGACUGUAUAGAGUUGGAUGUGUGAGAUCCUGGCGGUACAGUUUCUAAGACGACUAUCCUUCACCAAGUUCAUCAACAUGCCAAAAGCAUUGAGACCAAUCCUGAACCAUAGGGAAUCCUGCUAGAAGAGCUCCUCCAGAUCUACAUCGAUGGUAACACCCUAGUAUCCAUGCUGCGUCAUCAGUUACAGCCAUGCCUCCACUACUCCCAUCACCACCGUCGCAGAUGUUGCAGUCUCCAAAGAGGAAGGUGUUUGCAGGCACUGGGUGACAUGUUUUUCUGACUCCCAGGCGUAAGAUGGAAUGUUUACAAUGAUGGGCUUGUGUGCAAAGGAGCCAAGUCUCGCUUGCUGAAAGUGCGAUUGUCGACAACACAUCAAACACAGAAAGACAUUCUGAUGAUCACCUGUUGCUGGCACACCUGUGCAUACAAUAAUGUAACCUAGACACACCGGUCAGGUGUGCUACAGGCGAGGGACUGACAGAUACUAAGCAACAAGUGAUACUGUCUCUACCUUGUGGAAUACAGCCAGUGAUAGACACUUCACGGUAACAACAGUGUGAUCUGACACUUGUGUUGAAAGGUAUUAUCAGAUUUAGCCAGUUUCCCAGGGAUUAGUCAAGAGUGAUCAAACAAGUGUUACACUGAUCACAUUAAAUAAAAGAUUACCUGUGCUGAACUGAUUAACGGUGCUCAGCACCACCUGGAGUUAAAGGAGCAAGGACAUGCCUCUACUUCCAUCACCAUGGAUGAAGGUAAUAAAAUAAUACAGUCCAGUUGGGAGAGUGCACAUUCUUAAUUACAGGUGUGUGUUUCACCUGUCAGGAUAAUUUCAGGUGUGUGUUACACCUGUCGGAUGGUGAUAACAGGUGUGCAUACCACAACCCCAUGUUAAUUUAACUGCAAUGAAUACAGAAACAACACUGAAGUGAUGUCAAUGGAAAUAUAUCAACUACCCAUUGUUAUCUGACGGACCCAAUUACGAGUUCUGGUCAACUGCCCACUUGAGUGGACACACUGAACGAGGUGCUGUCUGGCCUGUCAGCUGCAGCAAGCAUAUCACAAUAGGUGGGCAUUGCUAGGGGUCAGUGGAUUCCCAUGCAAGCUUGUGUCCUGCAGGUGGGCUGAAAGUCAACAGAAGCUGGACCUACCACACAAUGACAUGGGCAUUAGUGGGGAACAAUUUGUAACACACUGUGUUUCCCUCCAUUGCUGUGAGUUUACUAGUUCAUUCUGAGUGUUAUCACCCUGCUAUGAGGGGAAUGCACCAAGUUAUAUUCUGACAAGUUCAUAUUGUGCUCAAGACUGGAUGUUAAUCACAAUUAAACAGUGUGCAGUUUCGUGGCUACUUGACGGAUGUCUUCAAUUUAUUCAAUGACAGAAACAAAGCUUUAAAUGGUCAUCAUCCUCCGUGGGUAAAUCAGUCAAAAUGAUCAGUAUUACAGAUCCCGAGAAAUCCAAAAUAUCCACAAGCAUUAUCUAGCUACUCCUACACCAUGAGAAGCUUCAGUAUGAGGAGGGUGAAGACCCUCUUUCUGACAAUCUUCUCAUUCGGUUUCUGUUUUGUGUUACUGCUCAAUGUGAUGAUACAUCAGCUCAACAAUUCCGACCGUGACAUGGAUGUUCAUGUCAGCGCAGCAAACCCUUCGGCGUACAGGAUGAAGCUGCGGCAACUGUCACAGCAGCACGACAACAACUACAUCCAUGCUGCAGGGUCACCGUUGGUGGACAGGAAGCCCCAGGCUGCCCAGGACUCAGAGUAUGGUCAACGCAAGGGGGUCGUCUUGCCGCGGAAAAGGGAGAGAAUGCAGCAUGGCAUCGUUAUUGAAAGUGACAGAAUGGCAAAAGAUAAACCAGCUGUGUUUAGGAAGGUUGAUAAAUUUUUGUUCCCAAAUCGGAGAAAAGACAUCGACGACGACUACUCCUACGAAGAGGACAUUGAGAAGGUGGUGAUUCAGGAUGAGGACGAAGAAGGGGAUGAGAAGGACGAGUUUGAGGACGAUGACAUCGACCCAGACGAAGACUAUGAUGAGGAUGCUGCAGAUAGAAACCCUCCAAAUGUGUUUGAUAAUCUGAAGAAUUCAUCCAAAGAGGUUUUCACAAAACCGCCGUUACACUUCCAGGAGGUCGGUGUGCCUACCGUGACUCAAGCAGUGACAAAGAUGUUCCCACACCAAGUGGUGGUGGACGCAAUAUACUGGUCGCCGCAAGUUGAGCAACUCAUUCCAAAAGGCAUGUCCAACUACAGCCUGAUUGGCUGGGUCAGGAGGAUGCGAGUCACUCACGUCAAGAGUCUCCAGCAACCGUCUUGGGAUCGCUGCGGACGUCCCAAGAAUGGAUUUGUUGUCAUGGAGGAUGGGACAACUAUGUGUGCCCGAUACCGCCACCCCCACGACACACUUGUGUUAGGUGAGGUCCUCUCCUUCUACCUGUCGAUGUUGUUGGGGAUGGACAACGUUCCAGCGGUGCUGCUGUCCCAGGUCAACGACUCGUCGAUCCACUGGCGGAGUCAAGACACUGAAGCCCUGGGGUGGGGCAACAACCAAUAUGUGGCCCUCAUUCAGUGGAUCGACAAUAUGAAUUCCCGCAGAGCUCAUGUGCAGAUGCCACAAACGAUCCUGGAGGCGUAUCGUGCCGGGGACAUCGUCAACUCCGACACCAUUGUAGAGAAGAAGUUAAGUGCUGAGGCACUGUCGGACGUCGUCCAGUGGGGCGCCAUGGUCAUCUUCGACUACCUCACGGGCAACUAUGAUAGAGUGGCCAGUAUGCAGGAUGCAGCAGAAAAAGAGAAAUCACCAAAGAUAAUUCAAGAUGACAUUCGUAACCUUCGUAAAUCUACAACAACGGGAAAACUCUGGUUGAUAGAUAACGAGAGCGGUCUCCUUGACGCAUACGACCUCCUGUACCAUAGCGGCAGCAACGGCGACAACUUCCUCCAUUUCCACAAGGAGAUGCUGCAGGCGAUGUGCAUCUUUCAGAAGUCCCUCGUCGACGCUCUGUACCAGCUCCACGGCAGCAUCAGCCCCCACGAGGUGCUCGAGCAUUACGCCAGGACGUACGAGCCUCUCAUUGAUGCCGUUCAGAAAGACGCUACCUAUAAUUUAUUUAAGACAAUGUUUUCUAAAAGACUUGGUGAGGUCAUUCAAUGGAUCAAGUUCUGCAAGGAUUCUCACAGGAGGUGACGAACAUGGAUUUUUAAUUGUUCCUUCUGUAUAUUUUGUUUCAUUUAACGUAAACAGUCCCAAAUUGUGCUUGUGGUGUGCUGAAGACGAGAAUGUGAUUCAGUGACCUAAAUGUUAUUCAGUUCAUCCACCGACUUGAAUGUGAUUCCUUGCAUCCAGUGACCAGAAGAUGAUUCAGUGAAUCCAGUGACCAGAAGAUGAUUCAGUGAAUCCAGGGACUUGAAAUGGAUCCCAUGUUGACAGCACCCACUUUUUCAGACUUUGUCACGUGGGUAUUUUGUGCAUCUGAAUCGAACUAAAUGCUAACCUUGGUCUGAAUGUGACUGAAAAAAAUAGAAAGACUGACAUUCCUAAAGACAUAACUUAUUUUGUUGGAUAUUGUCCUUCAGUGAAUUUGGGUUGAUUUGUCAGACAAGUGCUUUGGACGUGGUUCAAGAUGGAGCUAUGGUUCAGUCUGAGACGGGAAUAUGUGGUGUGUGGUGGAAUACUUUCACUGCUGAUGAGUAAACUUAAGUGAAUCUCCUGGGUCGUUUACUUGUUUCACUAUCUGCUGCCUAAUUUUUCACAUGAUGAAUAAAAUUAAGAUUAUAAGAAAUCUGUUUCAUCCCUCCGAGUCUUCAAAUAUAUUUCAGUAAUUAAAUAUCCAUCAACAUGUUCAAUAAUUUACAAAGGAAGGAAAAUACUCUCUCACAAAUGAAAUGUUACAAGGGUAAAAAAAUUUAUAUCAGUUCAAAUUAUAAAAAAAACGAAAUGAUUUUUUUUUGGUUGAAAUUCAAAUACCUACUCUAUUGCUAUUAAAUGUCAGCAAACAAGUAAACAAUGGCCGGAUAUAUAUGUUGAUCGGAAAUCCAUUGUCAGUGUAUGAAGAAGCAUGGUUCUAUGUCUCUCAUCUGUAUAUCGUGGGUGUUAUUGUAAAUUAUUUGUCAUGUUUUUUUUUCUGUCAUGUAUUAAAACGGUUGAAACCUU